AUCUCAGUCUGUGUGGCUCGGUGUCUGACGUCUUGUUCGCCGAGUAGUUUUCGCUUCUUUGCUUCUUCUAUUUAUCUCACUAUCCAACACCCCACCUGGAACUUGGGUGUCUUUGGGAGCCUCUCCCCUGCUCUACACGAUACACGGGAUCGGAACUUCCUCCCUCCUUCAGUUUGUGUCGCACUGGACGCGUGUCACACGGUGUCUCCUCGCGCCGUGAAUUCAACUCCACCACUUUGUGUCUGUGUGUCUAUGUGUAUGUGUGUGUGUGUACGUUUGCAUCUCUAGUGUCUGAAGGGUACAAAGGGGUAGAGGAGAGGAGGGGGAGGGGACUGGACAAAGGCGGACGUCCGCAUGUCGCACGCGCUCGGUUGAUGACGUUGCCGCACCGUUGUCGCCCGAACUCCAGUAGCUUAUUACCUCCCAAGCGGGCCUUUACACGCUUCGCAGCUCGCGUCAUCUUGCAAGGCUCUUCUUCCCCCGGUCCCGGGACACCCCUUGCCCCGUCCCUCCCUAUCAAGUUCGCAAACCACAAGCCACGAAGCCUGCCGAGCUAGAUAACGCUUAAUAAGGACGCGUCGGAGGAGGGCGCUUUGCUUCAAUUAGCUAAAUUGAUUGACUUCCUCACGGUGUGAGAAGCCCUGAUUGAAACCCCAGUCCGGCAGACAGAUAGCGCGGCUACACCCACCUUGUGCGGUCUGUCAGUGCGUGCUCGUGUGUGUGUGUGAGGGAAGGUGUACUCUCGCGCGCCGUUAUCUGUGUUACACCACCGGUUGUGUCUCCACGCAUCAGUUCUUGCUAGAUAAAAGCGGUGACAAGUUCUUGGCCGCGAGCAGGUUAACACGCGCGCGUGUGCCCGCGCGUCCAUAAACCACGGUUGCGAAGGUGCGUACCGCAGGCUCCAGAAGUGGUAGCGGUACCGAGGGUGCUUAACAAAACCACAGGUCAAACCGCCGGCGAGCUCAACUCAACAUCCCCCAAGCUUCCCCAAAUCCAACUACAACCAACAAUGUCCAGCAGCGCCAGCCCGGGCGGCAGUGCGGGCAAGCUGCUCAAGAAGAACUCCGUCUCCUUCAGCGAACAGUUGGAAAGUGAGCUAGCGUCGCUCGGUGGCGGCGGCAUUGGCUCGACCGUUGACGAGGGCGAGCCCGACGACGCACACCAAGGGGACGAUGCGCAUCCGGCACUAGCGAGGGACAACAGCGCACCGUACCUGGCAGUGCCGCGCGGGCACGACCACGACCCGGACAGUGGGCUGCAGCUGCUGGCCCCGAAAACGGGCGGCUCGAUACUGAGCAGCGGGAAGACCGGGAUGCCGGCCAAGUACAACCAUCACCAUCACGGCGGCUCGAGCACGAUGCUCGACCAAAUCCCGGAGGAUGGGCUGGAAUCGCGACGAAACGGUGGCGGCGGAGGUGAGCACUACACAUCGGGACGGCGCUCGUCGUCGGUGGCGCACGACGGCCACGGCAAUGGGCACGCGAAACCGUCGCUGAUGGCCGCCAUACGCCGCGGGUCGCUGGCGUGGCUGCCGGGCCGGCGGCACCACAACCACAACGACCUCGAGUCGAACAUGGGCAGCAAGGUGUCGCUCAGCCAGCUGCCCCCGUCGAGCGGUCCGCUCAGCGAGCAGGCGUUGGAGUCGCGUCGCAAGAACCGACGCUUUGGCGACGAUGCGCUCAGUACGGCUCUGUCGGCGCUGUACGCGAAGAUUGUCGUCAUCCUGGGCAUUGCGCUGCCCGUCACCGAGAUCCUUUCCUCCCAGAUACCGGCCAACGUGUACCAAGGGUUCUACCUGUUUCUCUACACCGUCAGCAUCGUGUUCGUGAUCUUCGUGUACGCCUCCACCAUGCGGCGGCGCGCGGUGCUCACGCUAAUCAAGAGCUAUCAUGAAAAAACGAACAGCAGCAGCGGCUCGGUGAAGAAGCGCAUACCGCACUUUGGCAGCUUCUAUCUGCGCGUCGGUGCGAUCGCGUUCGGCAUCGGCACGAUGGUUUACUCCGGGCUCGAGUUCGGCCAGUACUUCGAGCUGAACGCGUCGCCCGGCUGCUCCAGCAUCUUCAUCGCGCUAACGCCGGCCGCCCGGAUGCUGCUCUCGCUCGUCCAGAUGCAGUUCAUCUUUCUCAACACGUCCGACCUGGACAUGGCCCGGCACAAGGUGUUCGCGCGGUUCGGCCUGAUGCACAUGGUCGCGACCAACCUGUGCGAGUGGCUGUACGUGCUGGUGGAGGAGACGAAGCACGAGAUCCACCAUCUCGCCCACACCGCCCAUCAUCACAAAGACGCGGGUGGGUUCGACACUCACGCCGCACUCAGUACGGCCACGCCCGCACCGAUCACCACCACCUCCACCACGACCGAGGGCGCCGGCUCGUCCGAGGAGCUGCUGCUCGACGCGCUCAACCACACGCUCGUGCGCCGAGCGACCGGCGCCGACCCCGAGUACGUCGAGUGCCAGCGAACCAACAUCAUGGGGUCGCUCGUGCAGAACGUGUCGCCGUUCCUGUUCCCCUGCACGAUCGAGUACUCGCUGAUCUGUGCCGUCAUACUGUACGAGAUGUGGAAGAAGGUGAAAACGAUCGCCGAGAUCGACCGGACGCGCCGCAGCUCGAUCAAGGUGCAGACCGGGGCCGGCUCCAAGAGCGCGCACCACUUCUCGGUCGACUGUUCCCGGGCGCACCGGGGCAUGUUCGGCGGCAUACUGCUGACCGUGCUGACGAUCAUCUGCCUGAUCAUGUACUUCGUGCUGUACGACGAGCCGGGCUACGAGUACUUCGCGAUCCAGGAGGUCACGAUCGCGGAAACGCUCAUGUACGCCCUGACCGCGGUUGCGGUGGUGGUCGCGAUGCUCAAGAUGCGCGACCUCAAGUACCAGCGCAAGAAGAACGACCAUCACAGCGGGUCGAUCAGCCUCGACUGUACGCUGCUGGUGCUCGCCCAAACCGGCGUGUACGUGUACGGCAUGUUCAGCAUCGUCGGCAGCUACUUCUCGAUGCGGCAGGGCGUGCCGGGGGCGCGCGAGGGCCUCGUGGCGGAGCUGUUCAGCCUGAUACAGACCUCCAUCCAGACGCUCUUCAUACUGAACGCGGUGUGGCGCAAGUGCCGCGGUGCGCAGCAGAACCGCACCAAACCGGGGCGCGAGAUUGUGACGUUCCUGCUGGUCGCCAACAUGGCGAUGUGGUUCAUCAACACGCUGAUCAAGGGGCGGGCCAGCUUCCGGCCCUCGCAUCUGGACUUUUUCGGCACCUGGGCCUGGACGGUGAUUACGCACGUGUCGAUGCCGCUCGCCAUCUUUUACCGCUUCCACUCGACGAUCUGCCUGUUCGAGGUGUGGAAGUCGACGUACAAGGUGAAGAUUAACGACCAUCACUAGCGGUCACUGGAAUGAGAGAGAGAGAGAGAGAGAGAAAGCGAGAGAGAGAGAGAGAGAAAGAGAGAGAGAGAAAACAAAGAGGAAUACAGAGUAAGAGAGCAAUAAAUCUAGAGAUAAGGAAAACCAGAGAGAGAGAGAGAAAUAGUAAGAGAAAAGAACGAGAUAGUAAGAGAGAAAGAGCGAGAAUCAGAAGAACAGAAAGAAAGAUAGAGAAAGUAAAAGAAAGAGAAAGAAAACAGGGAGAAGAGAUACCAAGAGAGAAAGAGAUAGGGAGGAGAUAGAGAUAGGAGAGAUAAUACAAAGAGAGUAAUAAAGGAUGAAAGAGAAAGAUAUACAGAGAAAGAUACAGAAGGAGAUAAAUAACAAAAUAUAGAAAUAGAGAGAGAGAGAGAGAGAGAGAGAGAGAGAGAGAGAGAGAGAGAGAGAGAGAGAAAGGACAAAAAAGACAGAAAGAGAGAGAAAGAGGGAUCACAAUAGAGAAAGAGAGAAAGAGAGAUAAAGAGAGAGAAAGAGAGAGACGAUAAAACAAGAGAAAGAUAAAGAAAGAGAUCGAAAAGGGUAAAGAAAAAAAGAGAGAAAAAGGAAACGAGAGAGAGAGAGAGAGAUAAAGAGAGAGUGAGGGAUAUUGAGAGAGAGAGAGAAAGAGAGAGAUGAAAUAGAGAGAUAUAGAGAGAGAAUGAGAGAGGAAAAAAAGAGAACUUAAGAAAAAGAGAUAAAGGGAUAAAGAGCAAAAGAGAGAGCUAGAGGAAGGCUGUGGCUCAGCUACAGCUCUGUAGAUAAGGAAUGGAAGCAACUCAGAGAGAGGAUCUCUAUUGCAACAACCUGCUCUUCCUCCCGCCAUGUGAAGCCCCCUACAAACACGUGGUGGGCGCACGUGACUUACAAAACCACUUUAGAUUGUAAUGCCAUCUCCGAAAACGUACUUCCGCACCGCCAACACAGGUGCACGCUUGAUCGUAGACGUGCCUUUUAGUGCCUUAACAGUUUGCUAGUAGGGUAGGGUAGGGUAGGGUACAAUGCCUUCAUCAAUCGCCAUUGCCGCCAGCCGUCACACCGGGCAGCGAGAAAGGUCCUGCUGCGCGCGCACGUGUUAAUCUUCCACUAAAAUAUUCAAAAUAAGCAGUAUUAGGCUCGAAGGACAGACUUUGCGAGCCGCUCGUCGGUAGUGUGACGCUUUUGUUUUUUUUUUUUUGUUCUUCUUUUCUUUUCCUCCUUCGUUUUUUUUUUUGUUAUUUUACGAUAGCGAACCCCGGAUAGCCGCUCAUCCGCAGCGGCAGCGAAGGUUGCUGGCUAGAUGUGUAUGUGUAAUGUUUUUUUUUUCGAUAAUAAAGAUGCUUUCGUUAAACAACUCA